AUGUCAGUCGAUAAGCUAAUAAUCAACCUCGAUAGCAUCGACAUCAACAAUAAUGAUGAUAAUGGCGAUGAAGAUAAAACUACAACAACAAUGAUGACAACGACACCAUCAAUCUCAUCAUCAUCAUCAAUAUAUAGGGUACUGAGUAAUAGGACAUUGCUUAGACGUAUUGUACAUUAUGCAAUGGAGCAUGAACAACGGUUGGAGGAGAUGCAUCACCUCUCCAAUAUAUUGGCAUUCAAGAGAUCACAUGGCAGGCUGUACGCACACGGUUGUGUACGCCGCUAUUAUAAUCAAUGGAACACUGUUGCCGACAUUUGCCGCAAUGGACACUUUGGCCUGCUGGCUGAGAAGCACUUUACUCGUCUAUCCUUUGACGACAUGGCCGCCGUCGAGGCGGUGGUCUCACACGUGAACCGGGGUGACCUGUUCACGCACAUCUACAAUACACAUCGCGAGCACUUCCGCUACUCUCAGCUUCUUCAGCUGGCCGCCACGCACAACGAUUCGCUCGAGGUGGCCGCGCUGCUGUUUGGCCAGACGCAGCCGAUAAAGUUCUCGCGGCUCGAAGUCUUUGAGAACGCAUGGAUGAGCAAACACUUUGACACAGCUCGCUUCUACUUUGACGCCAUAGUUGGUGAGGGCUCAUUCACCAAGGACGAACUUGUUCAAUCAUUGUUGGGCAUCAAUGCGCGCAACUACCGACAUCAACCAACCUCUGCUUCUGCGUUGUACUCACUCUGCGACGCGGCACUCAUUCGACGCGUAUUGGAGCAAUUCCCCGAGUUGGCACCAUCAAUGCGCGAACACGCUCAUCAACAAACGAGAUAUAUAAUGGCUACGAUGGAUUGCGAGUUCAUCGAGGAGAUGUUUGGACACGACAAUCAGACAAGCCUGAUACGCGGGCUCAUCACCAAGGGCAUGAUCUCACCAAAGGAUGUCCUGCUGACCAUCUGCAACAGGGCCUACAAGUUUGAGUAUGACGAACACAUCAAGGUCGUCCAUUUGAUUGGCCGAUACUUCUUCCAGGACACCUUUGACUUUGGCCAGCACGUGGACGACACUGUGGACUCAUUGAUCAAGGCGUCAACACACACGGCCAGACAACAAUGCGCCGACUUGAACUUUGUCAUCACUACAAUGGACCCCGACGCCAGUGUUUUGAGUCGGAAGCUGUACAACCUGAUGAAGCUGGUGGUGUGCGUCAGCAAGAUGUACUCCAAUCUCUUUGCACGAUUGAGUGAUUUCUCAGUGAUGUUUGCGCGCAAGGUCAUCAAGAGUCGUGAGAUAGGACUGAUUCCGUACUUGUUGGACUUUAACGACAGCCAACCAGUGCUGUCAUGGUUCUGCCAGUUUGGCACACUCUCCCAGGUGAUGGCCAUCCAUCACAUAAUGAUCGCACGCGGCACAACUGGCCAGCAUUUGACCGACGCGAUGGUGUCGGCCUGCAAGAACCCCGACCCACAGGUCGGCUUGUCAAUACUACACUAUCUAUUCCCAUCAAGAGAUGUCGUCAGCCUGAUGACAUUGCCGACGAUCACAUCAUUGGAGCUCAAGGCCACUGUGGAGCAACUACAAUACAUACUUCGAAUCAAACCCAAUCUGGACGUCAUGUCACACGUCGUGGUGUAUGACAUGAACCUGCUGCGGUACAUUCUUAUGUCACUACCAAGGGACUCGCGCGUACAUCAUCAAAUCGACUAUCAAACAAUCGGCCAAGUGGCAGCCAAAUGUGGAAACAUGGAGAUAAUAAUGUUGUUGGUGGAGCAUCGACCAGAGAUAUUCGACAACAACUCUGUGUUUGUGGAUUAUGCCUAUAUUGGUUGUCAUUUCCAGGUGGUCAAGUAUCUAUUAGAGUGGACCUCGGUCAAUGUAGAGAUAUUCGGUGCCACUGGAUGGCAACUUGCUGGACAACUUGGUGACAUUGACCUAUUCGAGAUGGUCAAGAGGCAUUCAAACUCUGAAGAAAUAGACAUUACAAUUCAAUUUGCCAAGCAAGAAGGUCAUCAACAUCUACUCGACUACAUCAAAGAAAAAUACAAUGUACAAUAA